CAGCGUUUACAAACACACAAACACACACACAAAAUAAAUCGGAAUCUGUCUCUCCGCCACCAAUCACCACCUACUCCGUCACCUGUCACAUUUAUCACAUUCACACUCAUAAUUAUUCAUAACUUAUUACAUAUAUACAUACAUACAAAUAUAUAUUUACUCCAUACAUACAUACAUAUAUUAUUACUGUAUAACUCAUUAAUAUAUAUAACAAACAUAAAUAGAGUGUAAGAGAGUGAGAUCGGAAAAAUGACGUCAUCAAAGAGGUUCAUAGUUGAAGUUGAACCAGCGGUUGAAGCUAAAGACGGAAAACCAUCACUUGGACCGGUUUACAGAAGUAUCUAUGCUAAAGACGGUUUCCCUCCUCCUAUUCCGGGCCAAGAAUCUUGCUGGGAUGUUUUCCGCAUGUCCGUGGAGAAAUACCCCGAUAAUCGAAUGCUUGGCACCCGUCAUUUGGUGGAUGGAAAGCAUGGACCAUAUGUUUGGUUAACUUACAAACAAGUAUAUGAGAAGGUGAUUCGAGUUGGAAAUGCUAUUCGUGCUUGUGGUGUUGAGCCUGGGAGCCCGUGUGGGAUUUAUGGUGCCAAUUGUGCAGAAUGGGUUAUCGCAAUGGAGGCAUGUAAUGCGCAUGGAUUGUACUGUGUACCUUUAUAUGAUACUUUAGGUGCUGGUGCAAUAGAAUUUAUUAUCUCUCAUGCCGAGGUUAAAAUUGCUUUUGUGGAAGAGAAGAAACUCCCUGAGCUGUUAAAAACAUUUCCCGCAGCUGGAGAGUACCUGAAAACAAUUGUGAGCUUCGGGAAAGUUACUCCUGAACAAAGAAAACAAGUUGAAAACUUAGGUUUGGUAAUACAUUCAUGGGAGGAGUUUUUGUCACUGGGUGAUGACAAAAACUUUGACCUGCCAUUGAAGAAGAAAACGGACAUCUGUACAAUAAUGUACACUAGUGGGACAACUGGUGAUCCUAAAGGUGUCCUGAUAUCAAAUAACUGCAUUGUAACAAUGAUGGCUGGUGUCAAGCGUCUGCUAGAUAGUGCAAACGAAUCAUUGAAUCCAAAUGAUGUCUAUCUCUCCUUUCUACCUCUGGCUCACAUAUUUGAUCGGUUGAUUGAAGAAUGUUUCAUCAAUAACGGGGCAUCUAUAGGUUUUUGGCGUGGGGAUGUUAAAUUGCUGGUUGAAGACAUAGCGGAGUUGAAACCUACUAUUUUCUGUGCUGUUCCUCGAGUCCUUGAUAGGAUUUAUGGAGGUAUGCAACAGAAAACUGCUGCUAAUAAUUUUAUCGUACGUAGCAUAUUUAAUCUAGCCUAUUCAUACAAGGCACAUCAUAUGAAGGCAGGUAAAAAGCAUUCAGAGGCAUCUCCGUUAAGUGACAAAAUUGUCUUCAGUAAGGUUAAAAAAGCUCUAGGAGGGAAUGUACGCAUCAUUUUAUCUGGAGCUGCUCCUCUAGCUUCACAUGUAGAAGCUUAUUUGAAAGUAGUUGCAUGUUGUCACGUUCUUCAAGGAUAUGGUCUGACGGAGACUUGUGCUGGAUCAUUUGUCUCGUUGCCUAAUGAAAUGGAUAUGCUGGGUACAGUGGGACCACCCGUACCAAAUUUGGAUGCUCGAUUGGUAUCUGUUCCUGAAAUGAAUUAUGAUGCUCUUUCAAGCACACCACAGGGAGAAGUAUGCAUAAGAGGGGAUGUUCUAUUUUCUGGGUAUCACAAGCGUGAGGACCUUACAAAAGAAGUCCUAGUUGAUGGCUGGUUCCAUACAGGGGAUAUUGGUGAGUGGCAGCCAAAUGGAAGCCUGAAAAUUAUUGACCGCAAGAAAAACAUUUUCAAGCUUUCGCAAGGAGAAUACGUGGCAGUUGAAAAUCUGGAGAAUGUUUUUGGACAAGUUUCCGACAUCGACUCGGUAUGGAUAUAUGGAAACAGCUUUGAGUCUUGUCUUGUAGCUAUUGUUAACCCAAAUAAGCAAGCCGUUGAACAUUUUGCGGAGGCACAUAACAUCUCUGGGGAUUUUGAAUCACUAUGCGAAAACCCCAAGGUCAAAGAAUACAUUUUGGCAGAGCUCACUAGAAUUGGCAAAGAUAAAAAGUUAAAAGGCUUUGAAUUCCCGAAAGCCGUCCACCUUGACCCUGUUCCUUUUGACAUGGAACGUGACCUUCUGACCCCAACAUUCAAGAAGAAAAGGCCCCAAAUGCUCAAACAUUACCAGAAUGUAAUUGAUAACAUGUACAAGACUAUUAACAAAAAGUGAAGUGCUGCAUAAACAUGGUGUAUUUUCCUUCCCUUAGAUGCGUAAAGGUUUUCUGUCACCUUUAGCGACCAAGGGUUUAUUUGUUUUGAACUCUUUUUCUUUAAUAUGCUAUUUUGUACAGAUGUGUCAUAUUUUGGGAUAAUUUGUGUACCUAUUCUACUAUGCGUUAUAUUAUACAAUAUAUUAUACAAUA